UUCUAUAACUCGGUGACGUCCAUUCUCUCAAAGCUGGAUUCCCGCGACAAAGACGGGGCCCCCGCAGCCGUCGUCCCGCCCUCCUCCCCUCCGGCCCCUCAACCCCCUAGCAGCAUUGGCGGCGGCGGCGAGGAUGGCAGCGACAGCGACGGCCACUCGGUCCCCUCGUCGGCUCUUCACCCCCGCGUGGCUGUCAUCCUAGGCGUGGAUCGCAAAUGGUACCUGCCUCUGGUGAUCUGCCGCGCGCUGAGCACCGUCCCGGCCGCAUGGUGGGGUCUGCGAUGUGCGUUCACAUUCUUGGCCGAGCUGCUGCACAUCCAACCCGGAAUGGGAGGGGAGGGGUGGGCGGCGGCGAUAGUUGGGAGUGUCGGGCAAGACUGGGAUGUUGAGCGAAGAUUCCGCGUCACCGAAGUGGCUUUGGCGAUUAUGUGGUGCUGUGCAUCCGCAUAUCUUUCUUACUUUUUUGCUGAUUGUAUGAUGUCUCGAUGGUAUGUGCUUUUGAACUAUACCCCGCCAGCUGUUGUUAUUCGUCUCCUCACUACGAACGGGUUGAUUGCUUAUAUCACUUCUUGGGUCCUUUAUCUUUCCGGGGCUUCUUAUGACCCCCGUCUGCUUCUCCCUGCCUGGAUCUCCAUCACGACGACCCUCACCUUUCUCUACCACGCCACGCAAAACCAUGCCACGAUCAAGCGUGAAACGGCGGCGGCGCUGCUCGUCGUCGCGGUCGCCAGCUUCGUGAGCAUGUCCUCCUUGCUCCUACAGUUGCACCUCACCCGCGAGAACGAACCCGAGGUGCCCGUCUUCGUCAUCACCCGGAAACUCUGGGACUGGGCGGUUCAGAUCUUCCUGCGCAUGCGGGUUGCGGAUAGUCGGGCGUAUCGUCCGGGCGAACUGUAA